CAGCUGUGAUCUCAUUGUACCGACUGAUGAAUCCCGGUGAAAAACAUAUGACAAUUAUUCGAAUGACGUGAUCUGUCAUUUAAAAAAAAAAGAAACAAACACUUACAAUAACAAACCGAAGGUAAAACAUCUUCCAGCAUGCGAUAGUGCCAGAAUCUCCUGCUGCUACAAAUUUUCCAUACUUUCCUCGUGCGUGAGGAACUUACCGUAACCUUCUGGACAGCCUCAGCCACCCCCGUGUAGUGUCCCCCCGUUGCUGGUGAUUGCACCAUCGUCUGAUUGAAUUGACAUUCAAGUGACAUUCUCGGGCCAGAGCGAACGUCGGCGCCGUACCAUCAUCAUCACGUUCACACGGAACUCGACGGGUACGGGUGAAAAUUUCACUCGCUCGAUCGGGUUCGGCAAGUAGUACCGUUUUUGGUUGUUUUUUUGUUUUCUUCAGCUUCAAAUUUUCAUCCAAAAACCCGGUGUACGGAUCCAAGGUACACCUGCAGACAGCAACACGUACCAGCAAUCAAAUAGUAACAAAUCAAUCGUACACUACAAUCAAUAUCUGCGCUGGUGGGUGACGUGAGCGGAUCGACGUUUUACGACGUCUUCGGUGUGUGAUCGAAAACGGGCCAAGUGGGGACGCUGGUGGUGGUAACACGUUACGGAUAAGGUUCCGUCGGAAAAUUUGAACAACGUCGUCAUAAGGACAGGUGUUGCAUCAAGAUGCGUAGCCGCAGCAAUUCCGGGGUCCGCCUCGACUAUUACCAACGGAUAGUGCAUCGGCUCAUCAUGCGCCAUCAGCAACCGGUGACCGGGCUAUUUCCGGCCAGCCCACAAACCCAGCACGCUUGGAUACGCGACAACGUGUACUGCAUACUGGCCGUGUGGGGUCUAUCGAUGGCGUACAAAAAGAUAGCCGAUCAGGACGAGGAUCGUGCGAAAGCGUACGAGCUGGAACAGUGCUGCGUAAAGCUAAUGCGCGGCCUGCUGAUGGCAAUGAUGAACCAGAAAGAAAAGGUGGAACGGUUCAAAACGUCCCAAAAUCCGCUCGAUUCGCUGCACGCUAAAUACUCGAGCAGAAAUGGUCAGAUCGUGGUAGGAGACAGCGAAUGGGGACAUCUGCAGAUUGAUGCCAUUUCGCUAUAUCUGCUCAUACUGGCGCAAAUGACGGCAUCCGGGCUGCAGAUUGUGUUCUCACUCGAUGAGGUCGCGUUCAUACAGAACCUGGUGUUUUACAUCGAAUCGGCGUACUGCAUCCCGGAUUACGGUAUUUGGGAGCGAGGCGACAAAUCGAACCACGGCCAGCCGGAGCUGAACGCAAGCUCGAUCGGUAUGGCCAAAGCGGCACUGGAAGCGAUGAACGAGCUGGAUCUCUUCGGUGCCCGUGGCGGUUCCGGUUCCGUCAUACACGUGCUGGCGGAUGAGGCACACAAGUGUCAGGCCGUGCUACAAUCGAUGUUGCCGCGUGAAUCCAACAGCAAGGAGCUGGACGCGGGCUUACUGUCCGUCGUCGGGUUUCCGGCGUUCGCGUGUGACGAUCCACAGCUCAUCGAAACAACGCAGGAAGCGAUCAUUACGCGUUUGCAGGGCCGGUACGGCUGCAAACGGUUUCUGCGCGAUGGUUACAAAACGCCCAAGGAGGACAACACGCGCCUCUACUACGAACGCUGGGAGUUGCGGAUGUUUGAGAAGAUUGAGUGCGAGUGGCCACUGUUUUUCUGCUACCUUAUACUGAACAAAGCGUUUCAGAAUGAUAAGCAAGCGGUCACCGAGUACUCGCAAAAGCUCGAGGACAUACUAGUGAAGACGGAGGAAGGCAUGAAGCUGAUACCGGAGCUGUACGCCGUGCCGGAAAAGGCUGUGGCAGCAGAAUAUCAAGCACCGGGCAGCCAGCAGCGUGUCGUCGUGGGACGCUGCCCGUUCCUUUGGGGCCAGUCACUUUACAUACUGGGAAAGUUGCUGCAGGAGGGUUUCCUUGCCGUUGGUGAGCUGGAUCCGUUGAAUCGGCGGCUCGGUGCACAAAAGAAACCGGACGUGGUGGUGCAGGUCGUUAUACUUGCGGAGGAUAACGACAUACGCGAUAAGCUAGCCGAGCACGGCAUACAGGUGCAGACGAUUGCGGACGUGGCACCGAUCGAGGUGCAGCCGGCCCGUGUACUUAGCCACCUGUACACGUACCUUGGCCGCAACAAAAAGCUCGGCCUGUCCGGCCGUAAAUCGCGAGACGUCGGCAUUCUCAGCACCAGCAAGCUGUACUCCCUAAAGGAUCGCAUCUUUGCGUUUACGCCACAGAUAUUCGAUCAUGACGAGUACUAUACAUCGCGCGAUCCCGCCCUGCUGGCGAGCAAUUUCACCGACAUACUAGCCUUCCUUAGCUAUAGCUGGCGCCAUCUGCUCGGUCGACCUACGAUCACACUGAUGGCAACCCAUUGGCUCUUAGACAACAACAAAGUGCCGCUGGCAAUGAUCCAAACGAUGAAGAAGCUGAAAUCGGGAUACAUCAGCGGUACCCGUGUCAUACUGGGCAAUUUGGGCGAUUUCAUCAAUACGUCCGCAAUUACCGAUCUCAGUUUUCUCGGCAGCCAAGAGGAUGGCUAUCCCGAUAAACUGAACCCGGCCGUACAGGCAUACCUAGACGAGCAUCUGCUACGUUCGUUCAGCCACCGUGCAUCGACCACCUCGAUUCGUUCGUCCGGGCUUCGGCCAAAGAAUUUGCGCCGCCGCAUGUCCGUGAAGGGUGCGAUCAAGAAGACGCGUUCGAUCAACGUUGACUCGGAAACACUCGGCAUGGAGGGUAAUGUGACGGAGCGACGCCUGUCGCACGUUACACCGCAAUGGUUGGAACCGAACCAAACAACUGUCGGUGCUAGUACGGCCAAUACUACCGGUACAACCGCGUCCGGCGGUUCGCCAACAUCGCGCGAUCCGUCACCAAACACCCAAGCACAGCCACGCUACGGUGAGCGCGUCUCACUCGAUGACGACGGUAAAAAGCUGCACAUUCAAACGUCAGCAACAGCGGCCAUGCCAAAGAUACACAUUCAGCCGCUACCGAGACAUCGGCCCACUACGGAAACGAACUUUGAGAACACCGAGGUGGAGGAGCUGAUUGCUAUGCUCCGGGAGACGGAGAAUCUCGAAGAGCAGGGUGACAUUUUGCAGCAUCUCGUCGAUACGCAGGGGCUCGAUUUUAACACCGAGUUAACUGCUGGCGUUAAUGAAGAUUCACCUUCCCAAGGCAUGCUGGAGGAGGGCAGGGUCGUAACGGUGCGCGGUCUGUUGAAGGGUCUGUACGAGAAAGCCUGUCAGCAGAAGAUGUGGGGCCUGGUACGUCACACUGCCGGUAUGCUCGGCAAGCGUGUAGAGGAUCUGGCGAAGGCUGUCACCGAUCUGCUCGUGCGCCAGAAACAGGUCACUGUCGGUAUGCCGCCGAACAGUGAGCACACGAUUACGGCACCGCUGCCCGAGAUGGAGCUACGGUCGGUGAUACACGAAGCGUACGGGGACGAUGAGAGUACCGCCAUGCUGUCCCAGGAGCUGCUCGUCUAUCUUGCAAUGUUUAUCCGUACCGAGCCGCAGCUGUUUCACGAGAUGUUGCGGCUCCGUGUCGGUCUGAUCAUCCAGGUGAUGGCAAAGGAGCUUUCUCGCACGCUCAACUGUGACGGUGAGCAAGCGUCCGAACAUCUGCUAAAUCUGUCACCGUUCGAGAUGAAGAACCUGCUGCACCACAUCCUCAGCGGUAAGGAGUUUGCGAUUAACAGCGUUGCCCGCGGCAACAUCUCGAUCGUCAGCUGCAAAUCAAGCCGUGUCAGCAAGAAGAGCCAGAUCGGUAUCGGUGAGCCGGAAAAUGCGGAAGGUUCGCUGAUUGAUGAUCGGCAGGGCCAGUGGUUACGGCGUCGCCGGCUCGACGGUGCCCUUAAUCGGGUACCGCGCGAUUUCUACCCCCGCGUCUGGACCGUCCUCGAGCGAUGCAGCGGGCUCGCAAUCGAGGGUCGCAUCCUACCGCAAAGUCUCACCCAGGAGAUGACACCGAACGAGCUAAAGUUUGCGCUCGAGGUAGAGACGGCCCUGAAUACGAUCCCGCAACCCGAGUACCGCCAGCUGGUAGUGGAAGCACUGAUGGUGCUGACGCUCGUCACCGAGCACAACAUACUCGCGUCGAUCGGCACGAUCAUCUACGUGGAGCAUCUGGUGCACCGGGCGAAUCAGCUGUUUCUCGAGGAUCAGCGCAAAAGCCACGGUGACGCGAUGCUGUGCUGCGCGAAGAACAAGGACAUCCGCGAAACGACCACCGCCGGGUUGCUGCUGUGCGGCGGUGCCGCCUAUAUCUGUCAGCAUCUGUACGACAGUGCACCGAGCGGUAGCUACGGCACGAUGACCUACAUGGCCCGGGCAGUUGCAUCCGUGCUCGAACUACCGAAGCAUGGCGAUAUGGACUGUACCAUCUCGUAAAAGCAACGACGACCUGCUAGGUGCUUAAUUAUUUUUGCUGUGCGCGUGCGUGUGCCUACGCACCAUUAUAUUUACUCAUGUUAGCCAGUUUGCACGCAACUGUAGCAAUGUUUUACUUAAUCACAUCGAAAACAAAACAGCCCCCCUCCGGUGCGCAUCGGAAAAACGUUAUCAAACUAUCGUUUCUUUCCCUACUCCUUUCUCACAGCCUCACUCACCCAUCCACACCCCAACUCAAGCUUUUUUUUUGGGGCGCGAUUCGCAGAUAGUGGUAGUUUGUUGUUUAUGCUAGAUAGAAGGAAGCUGUUAUGUAGUUGCAAUGGAGGGCGCGAAGUGGAAACGUGUGUAUUGUUGACAUUAAAUGUUGUUGUAGCGCGACCUGUUUUCCGAUGAAGACAAUUUAGAUUAGAUUGUAAGAAAUAAGCAAUAGAUACCUCUUCCUCGCUCUCUGUC